AUGGCCGCAGUCACUCGUUUUGCCUUCCUGGCCACGGCCAUCGUCUUCCACCUCGUCUACAUCUUCUCCAUAUUCGACAUUUACUUCGUCAGUCCGAUUGUGUCGGGCAUGCGAUUGUUCGCCGUGGACCGCCCUGCGCCGGCCAAGCCCCCAGCAGAUCGCCUUGUGCUCUUCGUCGGCGAUGGAUUGCGCGCAGACAAGGCAUUUCAGUCCUUCCCCGAGCCGUACCCUGAGUCGGAUCAAGACCUCGUCCCGCGCCCCCUCGCGCCCUUCUUGCGUUCCCGCGUCCUGUCCGAGGGAACGUUUGGCGUAUCCCACACCCGCGUCCCCACCGAGUCGCGUCCCGGCCAUGUCGCCUUGAUUGCUGGCCUCUACGAAGAUGUCUCUGCCGUCGCGACAGGCUGGAAGCUGAACCCUGUCGACUUUGACAGUGUCUUCAACCGCAGCCGCCACACGUGGAGCUGGGGCAGCCCUGACAUCCUGCCCAUGUUCGAGCGCGGCGCCGUCCCUGGCCGUGUGGACGCCGUCACAUACGAGCCUGAAUUCGAAGACUUCUCCCAAGACGCAACGCGACUAGACUACUGGGUCUUUGACCACGUCAAGGCCUUCUUCGCUGAGGCGGCCACCAACCAAACCCUUGGUAAAGCCCUCCGUCAGGACAAAAACGUCUUUUUCCUUCACCUGCUCGGGCUCGACACGACCGGACACUCCUAUCGUCCAUACUCGAAAGAAUAUCUCCACAACAUCAAAGUCGUCGACCAAGGGGUCAAGGAGGUGACCGAGUUGAUCCAGAAGUUCUACGCCGACGACCGGACGGCCUUUGUCUUCACCGCCGAUCACGGGAUGAGCGACUGGGGUAGUCACGGCGACGGCCAUCCAGACAACACACGCACGCCCCUGAUUUCGUGGGGUGCUGGCGUCGCGCGUCCCGAGCUGCAUUCCGGGUCAGUUGCUCCCGGCCACGACGACUACUCCUCCAGUUGGGGCUUGGAUCAGGUGCGGAGGAACGACGUCGCCCAAGCCGACGUCGCGGCUCUCAUGUCCUACUUGAUUGGAACCGAGUUUCCCGCAAACUCUGUGGGCCAGCUUCCGCUCUCGUACCUGUCCGCCAGUACUCGCGAAAAGGCACAAGCCUUGCUGGUCAACGCCCAGGGUAUCUUGGAGAUGUACCGCGUUAAAGAGGAGAAGAAGAAGGAGACGGAGCUGCGAUUCAGACCGUAUCCCUUCCUGGGUGACGACGGCGUCUCGCCCGAUCAACGCGUCUCGGCCAUUCAGGGGCUUAUUGCGGCCGGCAAGUACGAAGAAGCCAUUGAAGAAUCGGACGCGCUUAUCGGCAUCGCGUUGGAGGGCCUCCGUUACCUGCAGACCUACGACUGGCUGUUUCUGCGCGCUCUCAUCACUGUUGGGUAUCUCGGCUGGAUGGCAUAUGCCAUCACCAGCGUCAUCGACACCUUUGUUUUGCACGAGAGCAUAGCGCCCAAGCGCACAGCCGGUGGCUUGGCCGCAUUUUCGUCCAUUCUCGUCGCGCUGUACGCUUCAUUCCUGGUCUCCAAAUCGCCGUUGACCUACUACGCAUACGCAUUCUUCCCUGUUGUCUUCUGGGAAGAGGUAUACGCACACCGAGACAGCUUGAUCUUGGGCCGCAAAGCCCUUUUCGGGCAUAUCGCAUCGGCAGGAGCCGUGGCAACAUUGGUAGGGCAUGCGGUGCUAUCCGUGGCCAUUGUUCAGUGCUUGGCGCUCAGCUACAUCUAUCGCGAAAUCCUCACGGGGAUUUUCAUCCUGGCGGCGACGUGGCCGGCAACAUACGGCGUCUUAUUUCUGCGGAAGCACGCGGGGUUGAGCCUUGCAUGGAUCGUUUCUUGUCUGAUUAUGAGCAUUUUCACUUUGCUCCCUGCUAUGAAGGCAGAAAACGUCACCCUGAUUCUUGUUGGUGGAACAGCCAUGACGGCCCUGGGCGUUCUGUACCUAGCUUUCGAGAGCCACAUCUUGUCCGACUUCAGAAGCCAACCGACAACGACAGCUCCCAAGACAGAUGACACAAUCAGGCGCACAAUAAUAGGCGCGCAGGUUGGUCUGGUGCCGCUGGCCAUGUUUGUGACCCGCUCGAGCGCCUUGAGCCUGCAAGCGAAGCAGGGCCUACCCGUAGGCAAUCAGAUUGUGGGAUGGGCUGUCCUAGUCGUGUCGCUGUUCAUGCCGCUGGCGUAUCGGCUGCAGAGCAGCACUCACUACAUGCAUCGGCUAGCUGUGAUAUUCCUGACGUGCGCGCCCACCUUUGUCAUCUUGACGAUAUCGUACGAGGGCCUGUUCUACGUGGCCUUCAGUAUCACGCUUCUCUUGUGGGUUCGGCUCGAGUACGCCGUUGAGACACAGGUUGCGAAGGCGAGCCUUAUGAAUGGAGCGGCGUCAGGGCAUGACAGCGGCCGCGUCGGGAGCCCCAAGUACAGGCCGUUGAGGCUGUCGGAUGCGCGCGUGGCGCUGUUCUUCAUGGUGCUUCUGCAGUCGGCGUUUUUCAGCACGGGCAAUGUGGCAUCAGUCUCGUCCUUUAGCCUGGAGAGCGUGACGCGUCUCAUCCCCAUCUUCGACCCCUUCUCACAGGGCGCGCUCCUGAUCCUGAAGAUCAUGAUACCAUUUGCGCUGAUCUCUGCGAACCUGGGGGUGCUCAACAAGCGGCUCGGGGUGGCGCCGUCGGCGCUCUUCAUGGUGGUCAUGGCGGCAAGCGACUUGUUGACGCUCUACUUCUUCUGGGUGGUCAAGGACGAAGGGUCUUGGCUGGAGAUUGGGUCGACAAUCAGCCACUUUGCCAUUGCCAGUCUUCUGUGCGUGUUUGUGGCCGGCCUCGAGGCAGUCAGCGCCAUGUUUAUCGCCGGCAUCGAGGUGGACGAGGGUCGCGAUGGCGAAGAAGCGCGGAGGGUGAGGCCAGAUGCGAGCAACGGCCACGGGACAAAGAGAGUGGCGGGCGGGAAGCCGACCAACGGGACGGCGAAAGGCUGA